AGCAGAAGCCUUGGGCCCCCAGUCACGAGCCAGCUGCCAGUUACUCGAAAAGGGAAAACCUAAUUGCCACGAAAAAUAAUAGCACUGCUUCAAAAAUUAUAACAAAAAUAAUUCAAAAGAAAAUAACUUAACAAAAAACUAGCCACGAAUUGCUCGAUUCGAGUUCGGAGUCGUGGCCACGGGAGAAAGAUUCUUAAGGAUUGAUUCCGACCAGCAGCAGCAGCAGAGCACGUGAUGCAACGUCGGAGUGCCGUAUGGGCCAGUUGUGAUUAAAGUGAAAUUGUGUUGGGGUCAGCCAGUUAGUAGCGCUAGCCCAAAAAUCGAUAGGGUCGCCUCCAGAAAACGUGUCGUCCUCCAGCAGCAGCAGCAGCUGGGAAACGUGCGCACAGCCAGCGAAGAAAGUCAGUCCAGCGAAAGUCGGAGGAAAAUCUCAACCUACGCAGGGUUAUAUAACACACAGCGCGAACCGCCCACGCAAUUUUCUGUGUUGUUUUUUUCUUACUUAUUCCUGCAACUAAAUCGAUAGACUAAAACAGUACCGACAUGAUGGUGAUGACGAUGACGAGCUCCUAAUUGGAUUGCACGCGAGGGAUUAACCACUGGGCUUGGGCAUUAGCUAAGCAGAGGAGAGCGACAGAACCGAAGGAGCAGCACUUGGGAGCGUCGUAGCGUAAAUCCCCACAAGACCUUGGGCCAUGGGCAAGAAGAAGGUGCCCAGCGAGGAGCUGAUUGUCCCACCACAGGACACACGCAUCUGCGGUACCAUCUGUAUCUGCCAGAUGACCCUGGUGCUUAGCUCGGUGGCUCUAGUAUACCUCACCGUUGCCAUCUAUAUGCCAUCCACGCGGGCCUUUAAGAGCGGCAUCGAUCCCACGCCGGUCAUGUGUACCACAACGCGGGCGGUGAACAAGGACAACUGCGAGUGGGGCAGCUGCGGCGAGUGGUGCCUAAGCAAGACCUCCGGUGCCUGCAUCCAGAUCUACGUGAAUCUGCGCAGCAACGGCAGCAACCUCAUCUUCCAGAACUGCACUAAUUCGGCCAACAAAACGUGCUAUGGCAUCGACCAGGAUCGGGCGGACAAGGCGCGCUGCAUCAAUGAUGAGUGUAAGAAUCUCACCGGCACUUUUAACUGCACCGCCGGCCAGUGCCUCAACAUCACCGAUGCCUUCGAGUGCGUCUUCCACAACAGCGAUGCGCCGGUGAAAUGUAGCGGUCGGCGUGGAAAGAUCAACUGCAUGGACAUAAGUGGUUUAUUCUCCUGCAGUAGAGGCACCUGCCGGAAGAUUCGUACGCCGUACAACUGCGACCGGCGAUGCGUGGACAUCCCGACCAGGAACAAGAACGUGGUGGUGCUCAGCGGGGACAAGGUCUAUCUGUCGCAGUGCCAGAAUGCCAUCAAUGCCGAGACCCUCGAGGAGGUGUGGAACGAAUCCAACGACAAUGUGGCCAUGACUUCGUGCUAUUUCAUAAAGAAUACCUCGGAUCGGGUGGAUGCAGUGGACUGCAUCAAUGGCUCGACGCUGGAGCAUAAUAUGCUAAGUGAUCUGACUAACUUCACAUAUCUGAGCCACCUGCACGUGUCGGUGGCCACGCCAGUGCCGGAGAUUGCUCCGCCGGACGUCGAUCUGACCAUUUCCAAUGAGUCCAAGCUGAUGAUCAAUCUGGAGGGAUGUGUAAACACUCUGAUGGAUGAGUGCAAGGAGUUCUUGAAGGAUUUUGGACGCGAUGGCAGCGACCACAAUGCCCGGGCACGCUUCCCGUGCUUUUACUCGCCCGGCAAGAAGGACGUCGUGGUGGCCCGCUUUGAUUUGGAGGUCACCUAUCGCCAGUUUGUCUUCGCCUCGGUGGUGCCGUCCGUCUUAUUUGUUGUCUCCUGCUCUGUGCUGCUCCUUUGCCAGCGCACUGUCUACGUGGGCGACGAUGCCAAGAUGCGCUUCAAGGGAUGUGUGGACACGGAGACUAUACUUAACAAGAAUAAUGUGGGAGCACCCACCAACGGCGACAUGGGCGGGGGCGGCGGCGACGAGGUUAUGGCCCUAUGAGAUCCGUCACGCAUUCCUCUGCUCCAAGAAGACAGUCCGACACACCAG